UGCAGUGAUAUUUUCGGAUCACAGGUCUGAGUCUUCAGUGUGUUGCAGUUCAUGUGUCGGCCUGUAGAGGCGCAGCAGCAGGAGAAGCUGCAGACCGAGCAGGAGCAGCAAGCAAAGUGCAGAUAGCUCAAAGCUAACGCCAGCUAUCACAACAUUAUAAACCCCCGGCUGGGGCUUUAAUAAAUCACCGGUUUGCUGGCUUGUUCAAAGCUGGCUUCACUGAGCAAACAUGCAGAAGUAUGAAAAGCUUGAAAAAAUCGGAGAGGGCACGUACGGGACAGUGUUCAAGGCUAAAAACAGAGAAACGCACGAAAUUGUGGCUUUGAAACGGGUCAGGUUGGACGAUGACGACGAGGGGGUGCCAAGUUCAGCUCUGAGAGAAAUCUGUCUCCUGAAGGAGCUAAAGCAUAAAAACAUUGUCAGACUACAUGAUGUUUUGCACAGUGACAAGAAGUUAACCUUGGUUUUUGAAUAUUGUGAUCAGGAUUUGAAGAAGUAUUUUGACAGCUGCAACGGGGACCUAGAUCCUGAAACUGUGAAGUCGUUCAUGUACCAGCUGUUGAAAGGCCUCGCUUUCUGUCACAGUCGAAACGUUCUUCACAGAGAUCUGAAGCCGCAGAAUCUCCUCAUAAACAGAAAUGGGGAGCUGAAGCUGGCUGACUUUGGGCUGGCUCGAGCUUUUGGCAUUCCUGUGAGGUGUUACUCAGCAGAGGUGGUGACAUUGUGGUACCGGCCUCCAGAUGUGCUGUUUGGUGCUAAACUUUAUUCUACCUCAAUCGACAUGUGGUCCGCUGGAUGCAUAUUUGCAGAGCUGGCUAAUGCUGGAAGGCCUUUAUUCCCCGGGAACGAUGUGGACGACCAGUUGAAAAGAAUCUUCAGAUUGUUGGGUACACCAACCGAAGAACAGUGGCAGACAAUGACGAAACUUCCCGAUUACAAGCCAUAUCCCAUGUAUCCAGCCACCACCUCCCUGGUGAAUGUGGUCCCCAAACUUAGUAGCACAGGACGGGAUCUACUCCAGAACCUGUUGAAAUGUAAUCCUGUUCAGAGGAUCUCGGCAGAAGAGGCCUUGCAGCACCCUUAUUUCGCUGAUUUCUGCCCACCCUAAAUGCUAAAUUGGCUCUUGCUUGAACCUCCAGCCUCCAGAAUCAAUCAUCCUUCACUCUGCGGGGUCAUUAGGACCAGUCUCAACAAGGCAAAUCCCCCUCACCGGUUUUCAAACACUCCCCUGCUUUAAUUCUGCUGUCUCACUACGUGGAACAAAAUCCUAGUGGCUCUACAAGGUUUUAGGUUCUUUUUUUAAGUUGCAAGCCUGUUUAAUGUGGUACAUAUUCACCUCCCAGUUAAUUAGCACUAACGGGAGAGGGUGCAAUAUGUGUUGCAUUUAAUACAUUUUAUACCUGUGGAAAUGGUUGUCAACAAGAAACUCCUCUGCUCCACAAGACUGAAAUUAACACAUGCAGUUUAUCCCUCUUUAAUGGUUGAUGGUAAAUGAAAAUGGGCCCUCAUUUGGUGAAUUAGUUUGGGAUACCUAAAAUUCAAAGUGCUACCACACACUGCGUCAGUUACUCAAACAGCCUUUAUAAUGUUACGGCUUCUGUUCUUAUUGUAAUGUGUUUUUCAAAGCAGCUUUGACAAUUUGCUUCCAUUAGUAGAAGUCUUAAAUUCACUGUAACCCCACCGAAUACUGACGUUUGAGAGUUUAGAAAACGUAACAAUGUAUCGGCCAAUUUUUCCCCCAUACACCUAAGCAUAGACUAAUAUUUUAUCACUUAAAUUAGGUUAUUAAAGGAUUGUGAUUGAUUGAUUAUAUGUGGACCGACUAUGUGAUGGUGACACUGUUCCUAAAUUAUCAAACUAAUUUGUGUGUAACAGGUUAAUAUCCGCAGAUACAUUGGCUCUAGUGGUGCCCUCAGAUUCCUGGGGCAGCUAAUGCUACAAUGUCGCUUAAUUAAACCUAUCGAUUUGUCAGUUUUAGAGCCACAAACGAGAAUUGUAAAAGCUUAAGUCGAUGUUUGUUUCUUUUCACGAUUGGAUGUUAUUUUUGCAACACCUUUUUAAGUCUGUAAUUAGGAAUAUAUAACUACUGGAUGUCAUUUGGAACUAAUUAUUGGUACUAAUUUCUUUCUUUGAAAGAACUUCUCCAGUUAAAAGUUGGAGUUUAUAUUCAUAAGUUAUUCAUUUAUUAUUGGAAAACUUUAUUUUCCGUAUAUUAAAAAUUGUUUGUGUGAAAACAAACUUCAAAUUUUUGCAUGUUCAUUUGAUCAUUUGCACUAGCUCUAAGGUUUGAGGUCACACUGGCUGUUAAUUAGAAAUGAUUAAUUAGAAAUGUACCAAUUGGACACAGUCUGUACUUUCCCUGUAAUUAGUACCAAAUCGCAUGCCUCUUUUCCUGGAAACUUCCCAUGAAAUUAUCAGGCAAUUACAGACCUCUACAAUACCCAGUUUUGUUUUUGUUUGUUUUUUCUUUACUUUUCUAGACCAGAACCGACUAUAGACUUGUUAAACUGAUGUUCCACAUAAUCAACAGAACAACUCUUUGUUCCACUACCUAUUAUGAGAUUUUUUAAUAGCAUGGGAAGAUAAUUUAUCUUUUUUUUUUUCCUCAGGCUUUUUAUUUCUCCUCUUGUAUUUGUCUUUUGUGCACUUUGUAACAGUUAAGUUUUAUUUUAAAUUGUUUAGUUAUCAAUAUUAUUAAAUAUGUUGAACACUGACAGCCAGGAUUAUAGCCGGUUAUCAAUUAAAUGGGCCAAUAUAUAUAUUUAUAUAUAUUUACAUGUUAAUGACUAAUGGACCAUUAGUGACACUUUUUUUUGUUUGUUUUUUUGACACUUCAUUAUUGUACUAAUGUCUUUUAGCUUUUUUUUAAAAAUGCUUUUGUAAUAGUUAAAUUAGAGAUGACAAAAUCCACUGAUAAUCUGUAUUUUUAUGAUUGUUUUGCACCAUUAGCUGUUUCCAUUUUGGUUUCUUAUAUUAACGUGGCUAACAGCUUGCAGUGUUAUUUUACUCCAGAUUGUUACAGCGAUACUCGACGCAUAAAAAAAGCCAACGUAAUGAGUUUGUUUGAAGUAACUGUGUCAAUAGGGAAUGGAUUUAUUUUCAUUUUUCUGAUGUAAGACAAGAUAAUGGAUGCAUGUAUUUAUUAAUGAUGGAAUGUCUGCUCAUGUUUUUUGCAUUCGUUUAAAUGUAGCACAACUUCAUUUGGUACAGAAACUCUCCUUUUUGAAUGAUUUAAAGAUACUCGGCUCACCAGCGUUUAGCAGGCUCUUUUUUUAGGAUUUCAAAUGUUUGAAGGUUGUGUGUGUGUGUGUGUGUGGAUUAAGUUAUAAUGAAAAAAACAAACAACAAAAGCAUAUGCUCUCAGUAUUUCAUUAUCUUGUGUAGACAGGACAUUUAAUACCAACUGCUGUAGAGUUAUUUUAUACAGCUUAAAUUUUAAUUUUGGAUGAAGAGUGGAUUUUGCACUUUGUUAGUAUAUUUGCUUUUAUUGGUAGAACUUGGGACAGAUGACUCUUUGUGUAUAUUUCAGCCAAUACGACAUAAAUACAUGUUUGCUUUUGAAA